AUGUCUGAAAAAGUGGAGGAAACUGUGACAAAUCCUGAAAUAAUAAAUUAUGAAUCAUCUGAAAAGAAAUUUGAAAAUGUCAGUGAUCCGGAAUUAUUAGAAUCAGAAACAAGUUCAAGUUUAUCAAAAGAAAUAGAUCCAAUUCAUGAAACAAAUAAUUUAGCUCAAGAGUUAGGAAUUAACCAAAGAAAACUACAAUGGAAAAUUGAUUUCUGUGUGUUAAUUCCAGUUUGUUUACUUUACUUCCUUGCAUUUUUAGAUAGGGUAAAUAUUUCAAAUGCAAAUCUUUAUGGAUUACAAAAAGAUUUAAAUAUGACUGGAACUCAAUAUAAUACUGCUUUAACAAUGUUUUUUGUUCCAUAUAUUUUCUUUGAAUUAUUAGGGAAUUAUGCAAUUAAAUUUGUAAAACCUCAUAUUUGGUUAUCAGGUUCAGUUUUUUUAUUUGGAUGUAUAACUAUUGGAAUUGCUUUUGUAAAAACAGUGGGACAACUUUAUGCAACUAGAUUCUUAUUAGGUGCUACUGAAUCAGUGUUAUUUUGUGGUGUAUUUUAUGUCCUUGCUACUUAUUAUGCUCAAAAGGAAAGUCUCAAAAGGUUUACUGCAUUUUUCUCAGUUACAUCAUUAAGUGGUGCUGCUAGUGGGCUGAUUGCUUAUCGAGUACAUGAAUUAGAUGGACAUGCAGGAUUAAGUUCAUGGCGUUGGUUAUUUUUAAUACAAGGAGUUGCUACAGUUGGAUGUAGUUUCAUAUUAUUUUUCACAAUUCCAGAUUUCCCUGAAACUAGUAGAUUUUUAUCAAAUAUUGAAAAACAAUUUUUAAAGAAAAAAUUAGAAUUUCAUGCUGGGAUUAAAUCAUCAUAUGAAAUUAAAAAUUCCAUAUGGGAUGCAUUAAAAUGUUUAAAAGAUUGGAUGAUUUGGUUCCCAACUUUAGCUUAUUUUGGUUUAAUUAUUGGACUGUAUGGAUUUGCUUUCUUUAAUGCAAGUAUUGUUUUUGAAUUAGGAUAUACUGCCGUUGCAGCUCAACAACAUUCAGUUUUUCCUUGGGUUUGUUCAUUUGGUGUAAGUAAUGUCGUUGCAUUUUUUUCUGAUUAUACUGGAAAAAGAGUUCCAUUUGUCGUUGGAUCAACUGUUGUUGCAAUUAUUGGUUUAAGUAUGGUUUUAGGAGCUGCAAACAAUCCAUCGGUGAGAUAUGGUGGUUGUUUCUUAGCUGCUAGUGGUUUAUAUACAGCAAUGCCAGUUUUAGUAUGUUGGACUGCAUUAAAUAAUGGAUCACAUAUUAAAAAGGCAAUCAGUCUUGCAACUCAAAUAGGAUUUGGAAAUAUUGGAGGUAUUAUAGCUACAUUUAUAUUUUUAUCAAAAGAUGCACCAAGAUACAUUCCAGGUUUAAGUGUAUCAAUAGCUGCUGCAUGUUUUUCAAUCUUUUGUGCAUUAGCAUAUUGGUUCUUAUGUUACAGAUUAAAUCAAGCUAAGAAAACAGAUGCAUACAAACAAAAAUUUAAUGAAUUAAAUGAAAGAGAUCAAAUCAAUUCUGGUGAUAGAAAUCCUGAUUUUGUAUAUAUAUCUUACUAUCUACGCUCGAGUAAUGUGAAAUCAAUCCAAUCAAUCAUGUCAAAAAACGAAUAUUACAACACACCAGAAGGACCACCACCAGGAUUCAAUCAAGGUUAUAACCAGCAAGGUUCAAGUCAUAUACCACCUUCUCAACCUUCAUAUAAUUUUCAAGAUCAAGAUAGAGGAUUUGGUUAUCAUAAUCAACAACAAGGAUAUGGACAAGGUCCACCACCGCAAGGCUACGGCUACGGUCAACCACAAUAUGUACCUCAACCACAAGGUUACUAUCAACAACAACAACCGAUGUAUGUGCAACAACAAAGAUCGAGUAAUAAUGAGGAUUGUUUAAUGGCUUGUUUGGCUGCUAUGUGUAUAUGUUGUACAUUAGAUAUGAUAUUUUGA